AUGGUCCUGGUGACUCUGAGGCGGGGAGGCGCAGCGGCGGUCCGGAGGCCCGCAGUGACAGGAGAGCGCGACCAGUGUCCCAGUGCGAACCACCCCGGGAAGUGCAUGUCCCAGACCAGCUCCACCUUCACCUUCACCACCUGCCGCAUCCUGCACCCCUCGGACGAGCUCACGAGGGUCACGCCAAGCCUUAACUCGGCUCCGACUCCAGCUUGUGGCAGCGCUGGCCACCUGAAGUCCACGCCGGUGGCCACGCCGUGCACCCCACGGAGGCUGAGCCUGGCCGAGUCCUUCACCAAUGCCCGAGACUCCACGACCACCAUGAGCACGUCUCUGGGGUUGGUGUGGCUGCUGAAAGAGCGCGGCAUCUCGGCCGCCGUGUACGACCCCCAGAGCUGGGACCGGGCCGCGCGGGGCUCCCUCCUGCACACUUACGCCCCCCGGAUGGCCGUGAUCCCCUCCACGCCACCCAACUCGCCCACGCAGGCGCCCGCCGGCUCCCCCCCCGCCUUUGAGUUCAAGUGCACCAGCCCGCCUUAUGACACCUUCCUGGCAUCCAAGCCGGCCAGCUCCAUCCUGCGCGAGGUGCGGGAGAAGAAGGGCGUGCGCAGCAGCGAGAGCCAGACAGAUGUGUCGCUUGGCAGCCUCAACCUGGUGGACAAGGUCCGGCGCCUCGGAGUGGCCCGGGUGGUGAGCGCAGGGCGGGCGCACAGCCCCACCUUGACUGCAGACCAGGCACCUGCGCUCUGCGCACCCCCCGGG